CCCUUAUAGCCACCAUAAACAGACGUCGAGCAGUUUCGUGAUCCUAUUUGCGCGAUCGCACCCCUACAGUCGCUGUGCCCAAGCCUCGAUGCUCUGUAAGCUAGUACUGUGUGCCCGUAGUGUGUUCCGCUGAUCCUCAUGCGCGGUUUUUCUUAGCUUGGAAAAAAAAAAAAAGAUUGAAGCAUGAGGAGCGGAUUCCACCGAGUCGAGCUGAACAAGACGGUAUGGGAGGUUCCCGUCCGCUACAACAACCUUUCGCCCAUCGGCGUCGGCGCUUACGGACAAGUUUGUUCGGCAUUUGACAAGGAGCACAAGCACAAAGUGGCCAUCAAGAAGUUGUCACGGCCCUUCCAGUCUGCCAUCCAUGCCAAGCGCACCUAUCGAGAACUGCGACUCCUCAAGCACAUGGACCACGAAAAUGUGAUAGGCCUUCUCGACGUGUUCACACCCUCAACUACACUGGAGGACUUCCAUGAUGUGUACCUGGUGAACCAUCUGAUGGGCUCUGAUCUGAACAACAUAAUCCGGACUCAACGAUUGAGUGACGACCAUGUUCAAUUUCUCGUCUACCAGAUUCUGAGGGGGCUCAAGUACAUCCAUUCGGCUGGCAUCAUCCACAGGGAUCUGAAACCAAGCAAUAUUGCGGUGAAUGAGGACUGUGAAUUGAAGAUCCUGGACUUUGGCCUGGCGCGCCAUGCGGAGGUGGAGAUGACUGGCUAUGUGGCCACACGGUGGUAUCGAGCACCCGAAAUCAUGCUCAACUGGAUGCACUACAACCAGACAGUGGACAUUUGGUCAGUGGGCUGCAUCAUGGCUGAGCUCAUCACAGGCAAGACACUGUUUCCUGGCAAUGACCACAUUGACCAACUCAUGCACAUCAUGAGCGUCACAGGAACGCCUGAUGAUUCUUUGCUCAUGAAAAUGACCAGUGAGGAGGCAAGGAACUACAUCCGCAGCCUGCCUGUCAUGAAGAAGAAGAACUUUGCUGAGGUGUUCCAGGGGGCCAAUGAGAAAGCCAUUGACCUGCUGGAGCGCAUGCUGGAACUGGAUGCAGACAAGCGGCCCACUGCCACUGAGGCUCUGGCACACCCGUACUUGGCCAGCCUAGCGGACCCGUCAGACGAGCCAUCAGCCGAGCCCUGCGAUCAGUCCUUCGAGGAUCGUGACCUCAGUGUGCACGAGUGGAAACGGCUGGUGUACGAGGAGACCACUAGCUUUGUGCCGCCUGCUGCCAACUCUGAUCUGUAACACCUGGAGGCUUCGUGGAAGCAAGCGUCCUCUGGAGGGGGCUCUCCUUGUCUCUUCUACCCUCAGUGAAAUAGAAGCCACUUUCUGUGCACAGCUUUUUUUCUUGCUGUCAGGCCCGCAAGACCUGGCUGCUUCACAUUGCUCUGAAAGCUUGCUACCCACUUUUCUACCCACUUACAAGUGCCCCAGUUUGUGCUUUGAAAUCCUCAAAGCAUUGCAGUGGGUGGUAAGCAGAUUCAAAGUGCCUUUCGAAACCGUCCAUUUCUUGUUUUCGCACCCGCUGCUCGCUGAAAUACUUGGAACAAGCCACAUGCUGCCACAUGGGGAUGUGACUGCUUGCAGCACCACUCGGGUCUUACUGCACGAGUUCAGAACCCACUGUGGCGUGUUCGCCACUUAUUGUUGGUCUUUUUAGCCAACUGGCACAAUCCACCACACCGCAAGACAAAUUUUUAUUGAAUUAAGUCUGAUAAAUUAGUGGAUGAAAAAACAACUUGCUGUAGGUGGGAAACGAUCCCAGGUCUUCGAUUAUGCGUGCGAUGCUCUACUAUUCGAUUAGCUUUUCACCGUGCACAUUGAAGCACACAGGAAGAUUAAGAUUGCCGUUGCUUGCGUGUCAAGUGCUGAGCGAUGGGAAAAUGAAGAUGUUAUGAUGCAGAGGUGUAUUAGUGUUUAUUGUCUUGCUUACUUGGCAGGAGAUAUUGUGGUUCCGCAUAGUAAUGAAUGACAGCACACAUUGUCUCGCAAAGAGAGUACUACUGGUACAGACCACUAAGGAAAAAGUAAUGAUGCGCACAGCCCGCUUUUGUAAAUGGAGUAACGGUGUUAGGUAAGUUGCAUAUGUUUGACCCCACAAUUCGCAACAUUAACUAAGGUGGCAGUGAAAUACGCUAAAAUACAAAGAUUGUAGCAAAGGACAUGUGCAAAUCAGUAAUAUCACACAUUACUGAUUUGCAGGAACCAUAUUUCUUACAGAUCACUUUCGGGAAUAUAACUUUCAGGAAUAUAACUUUCGGUUAGGUAUGAUUUGUUAAAUCAGUGAUGAAACACCUGUUGCUCCUGUGAGGCAUUGCAGAAAAGUGGAAGCGUCCCUAAAAGUCAUUGACUCGCAGGAGUUGUAAAACAUGCGUUUUGGUCAUUCCAUUAUGUUUACUGUCUGCAGUAUUUUCAGAACAUUACGUGUAAUUUAUUUCCUUAAUGUAUUGCAGCCUUUGUGUUUGUUUUUAUGAGUGCUGUUUGAAUAUUGUGCAAAGCAGAGAAAGUGGGUAUUGCAUCUGAUUGUCAUAGAAGACCAUCUCACAUGCCUCCGAUUUUAAAAAUUUUGCUCCAUGAUGUAGAUACACUUCUGUUUAGCAUUUCAACAUAAUUCAUUAAGGUAGGUCACCACCUUCGAGAACGAAUUUUACAAUUGUAGUCCAACAGUUGCAAUUAUAUUUUUGGCUUGUAAAGCUUAGGUAGUUUGUGACUUCAAAAUGAUCAAAUUGCUAAAAAUGUAAAGAAAUAUAUAUAUAAAUCAAAUUGUACCAAAAUAUACAUGUUGUGCCAACAGUCAUAGCUACAAAAUGGUAGGUGUGAUUCAAACGCAACUUGCCAGGUGCAUAAUGAGGACAAUAACCUGUGCAUCUAACCACCACAAUCACGACAUCUCUAAGCUGAGGUGCGUUAUCAUAAAAAUACUGAUAAAGUUGAUAUCUGGCAGGUUUGAUUUUCACACAAUUGACCAUAGUAUAAAAAAUUACUACUCGUUUUCAGUCACCCUGCUUUAAUGCACAGUUCCACAUAUAAAGAAAUAGCACACAAAAUUUUAGCGAGAAAAUUUUUUAGAAGGAAAGUUAUCACUGUUUGCAUAACUGUAGGAUGCAAAAAAUCACGUUUUGAGAAAUAUGGCUUUAAAGAUUUGAACCGAAUGUCCGUGUAAUAAAAAAAAAAACAUUCAAUAUGUCUAAAAUCCACCAGUCUCAUAGCUUUGGCCCUCUUUGGAAGCAGCACAAUCUCCUUUUGAGCCAGCUGAAGCACGAAUUUUUCUUUUAUUUAUUACAUUUAUUUAUUACAUACCUGCAUCGCCCAUGCGAGCAUUACAGCAGGGGGGAUUACAUUUUAAAGGAAGAAACAAGUAAUCACACACAAAGAGCGCAAUAAAACGCAUCAUUGUUUUCAUUAACAAUGUCAGACGAAAGAGUAUUCCAUUUUCUUAUAGACCGAACAAAAAAAGAAUACAGAGACGUCACCGCUGAAAGGAAACUCACGGACUUUCAGCGCGUCUUGCGUCUCCAGCUGACUCACAUGCAGCCUUUCUCACAUGGCAACAGUCACUGGUCAAGCAUCGCGUAGCGGCCAAGUUCGGUGCAUGCCUGCUUAGUACGCUCCUGUUUCUGUCAUUGCACUGAGCAUCAUACAGCCUGAACGAAAGAAUAAGCAGGCUUACAUAUGCACCUUUCAGAAUCCUCUGCCAAACCAUCCUGUUGGAAUACUCGUUAGCAUUUUGAAUUUUGCCGUGCAGGCACUUCUUUAAAAGUUCAUCAGAACAAGGAUCACUGUACAUGGCUUUCACCUCAUUGAGGAUUUCGGUGGGAAGUUCUCCUUGAGUGCUUUUGCUCAGUUGAAUCAACUAUCAAUUCCCUGAGGGCAGAGGCCAUGCUCCAUGGAGCUACAAUGAAGUAGGCUUGCGAGUGCGGCUUUCUUCAAUGCUGUGAGAUUUCCAACAUUAGCCCUGAUGGCAAUUCCGUAGUAAAUAUUCAGCAGAUCAAUCAGGACAUCUGUCAGUUUUCCUUUGCCUCCAAGACCGCGCUCUGUCUUCUUUAGCUUCCUUAGGCAGCAGUUGACAUGUUUUUGCACAUGUCCUAUACAUUCAAGCUCUUGACGCUGUCUUUACCAUAAAUAUCUUUCACUGCAGCAUGACUUUUGGAAUCGCCAUCACCAUAAAACUGCACGUACUUGAGUUCCCACGUUGUUUCUGACCUCUCAAACAUGUGACAUAAGCCGACUGCUUCCAUGGCACACGGUUGGCGGGACAGUUUGUACGACCGGCUUUCCACUUGAGGCUCGCAGUACUCAGCUUGCAUCUCAAUUCAUAAGCUCUACACUUGCUGGAGAGCCCUUCUACGUCGCUGACUUUGCCAGUAUCGACAGAAAUCAAUGACACCCACCCAUUUGGUGAUGAAUGUCCGCACUUCUGCCAGGUGCCGUCCCGACGCGCCACACUCGUUACUCUCGACGAGAUUACACACUUCAGAAGCAGCAUUAGCCAUAGAUUUUGUGGCAACCAUUUGAGCAGUUUGAGAAAGCUUUGAGGACGUUUUCUCGUAUGCAGAAUGUCUAGGAAGUGGCAGCAUGUUGGUGACUUUGCAGAAUGUGACGGCACCUUUGUGUCCUUUGCCAAGUUGUCACAUAGCAAAGACGAAGCGGACAUUGUUUUCCACUGUGCGGUAAGUCAUUUUUGAAGACUGGAAUGCACAUUCAAAGCCACACAAACCACACAGGACACCAUACGUAAAGGAAACACCACAGCGGGUGCAUUCGUUGAGAUUUAGUGAAGUGCUCGUGCAUUCCGGACAGUUCAAAGAUAAGAUAACGGAGGCAAGGAUUUCAAAAUUAAUGAUCCUGUUACCUUCAAGGGGGGAAUCUUGCAGUGGGAUGUCACUGUCCCACUCCACAUUGCCCAGAUUUCAGGCACUCACCAAAAGAGUAGCGACCACGUGCUCCACGGCGGGUCCACGUGUUGAUUCCCUAAAAACUUGCGUUGAUGCUUCCUUUUUGUCCUGUGCUUUGCCAUAUUUCAUGGAGUACUAUAACUUUCUCCUUGAAAGGCUAGAAAUAAAUAUGCAAGCUCGAAAUGGCAUACGAAAAACCACAGAUGGCACAGACAACCCAGACGCAAACGCAACCCAACGCAAACAAUAGAGUUCCGCAUGGCAGUGGAAAUUUUUUAAUAAAUCGAAAUCGUCAUGUCCCACAAAAUAUUUUCGAAAGCUUUAGAACAUACUCAAACAGAUUGGCAUUAUGUAAUAUAUAUGUGAAGAGACAUUUAUAACGAGAUGGCAGAUGUGAAAUCAGUUUCAGUAGUGGAUACGUCUAGGAGGGGUUGGAAAAAUGGUCAUAACUUUUGAACAGCUUACGAUAACAACAUAAUUCUUUUUGUUGAAUAUUCUUGAAUAGACAGGCAGCCUGAAAAAUGCUAAAUAAAAAAAAAUCAUUUUCCUUCUUCUUUUUCAAAAAAUGCAUUUUUGAAGGUGCUGACCUACAUUAAAACUGUGUUUUUCUUGUUUCUUGACACUGAAGAAAAAAUUAUCGAAUAAGGAAGGCCUUGCCCCUACAUUUAGGGAAUAGUUGCGAAAGGAACCCCCAUGCAUUGGUCACAAAGCAAGUUUUGCAGUUGGAGAAACAAGCAUCGUGGUCAAGGACCACUGAGCUCACUCUUUUGUUUCUAAGGAAUCCGUGUGGCAUUAUUCUUUUUAUUUUUGUGGGACUUAAAGCACCACUACUUUGUAAUCGCUGCCUGCCCUCAUGGCCAUCAUUGCUCUCCAAAAGGACAGGCCGGUGCAUAAAACCUCCAGCGCCACUACCGAAGGGCCGCAAAAGACUUUCUGCCACAUGGUCAUAAACGAGACAAGUGCUUUCUCAAAUGCAUCUCAAUGCUAGUCCAUCACCACUGAUGUUUUGCCGACAAAAGUAGCAGCGCAGCAAUCGUCAUCAACGUUCUAUGAGUGUGCUGGCAGAGCAUUGCAAUCCUCUGAUUUCGUGCACUGACGUAAGUGUAUCUCUGAGCCCAGCAACGAGUGUUGGCAUGUGCAGAAAAUGCCAUUAUAAGCAGAAUCAUCAUGGAGAGCAUAUUUUAUAACAGUCAGCUUGAUUUCCUUAUUAUACCGAGUGGCUGAUCCUAGUGGCGAUGAUGGAAUGAGCCAGGGAGCAAAAAGAAUGGGAAAGCAAAAUUUGUCUUUAUAACACGUAGUCCGAUGAUUUGGGCAAAUUUCUCAACUAUGCAUGUGCAGCGUUAGCUGAAGAACUCGUGACCCGCAAGUCCCAAGUGUUUCAAUCCGAUACACGACCGGAAGUGACCUGUUCUUGGACUUUCAUGUGACGUAGUGUACAGUACGAUUCGAGCAGUUUUGCUCAACCAGCCAAUCAGUCCACACUAAAAGCAAUAUUUCCAAAAGUGACUGUCCAAGGAUACCAUAUUUAGACGAAUUUGGUGCGCACCUUCUUUGCAAGUAAAUGGGUCUGAAAAUUCCCUGCACGUUACAUUUGGAUCUGAAAGCAAACCAUGUUCGUGGCGUUGGCAGCAGCCUAACGUCAGAGUCCAUAUCUGUGAACACUUCUUUAGUUUCUGAACUCCUCCGAGGGGAGCUUCAAGCCUUUCGGCAGCAGAUGGCUCGCCACUGCAGUGCUGUGCCAAGCAUGCGAGCUUCGUCUGCUGUAGCCUGGUACAGUCAUUGUUGUUGGUUGCGGAGCUUGAGCAUUUACGUGAGGCUCGCUGAUUGAAGGAAGCAUCUGGCUCCAUGACUUUUUGUUCUGCUAGGCACGAGAGAACCUAUCCGAGAGGCUAGGUCUUGCGUCUCGUUCAAGCCCGAUAAAAGCAGUGUAUCCCAUAAGCAUCCUGCUUUUUAAUGAAAUAAAAGAGAUCUUUGAUGCUCUGCGUAUUAACCGUUUGCUGCAGAUAAACGCAUCAUCCUUCCACGACAUAAGAGAGCUGAAACGGGACCUUUGUAGUCACGUAGUCAUACGCAGCUAUCAUUAAUUGCCGCAUAAUCGGCUGUGCACCAAUAGCGUUACAUCAUCGCUAUCCACGGGUAGAAUGGCUUCAGUGCAUUUAGUUCAGAGCUGCAAGCUCGCAUAUUUUUAUGUGCUUCCGUUUGCAAAGCAAAUAUGCUCGGCGAACAAGCAUUUUGCCAAUUUACAUGCACGGUUAUAAACACUUAUUUUCUGUUUAAAACCCGUCAUUGAGCUAAAGGGAGGAAUGCUCUCUCACAGGAGGCCCAACUGUUGCCCCGUUCAGGCGACAGCUGGCUAUUCCCAAGCACUGGAGUUGUGCUUUUUAUUGUCAAAAUUCAAAGGCUGGUACACUUGCCUGUCUUAAAGUACUGUAAAAGUUGACCCCACGUCUUGAAUGUGCAGCAGAUCUUUUAAAUGUCACGUAGAUACACUACAUGUACCAGCUACACGCCUUGUAUCUAACUCUUAGUUCAACAGUAUUCCAACCUUCACGUUAAAAACAAAGUGUCCGACCUUUACCAUUUGCACACAAGUUAAGGAGCACUCAGAAUUGGAAAUAUGUCACCUUUAUUAAAACAAAGCACUCAUCACUACCACACAACAGUCAAUGGCUCUUGCCAAGUAAAUUGUUAAAGUUUGGCCUUUUCACGCCCUCGCUACACUUUAAGCGCAUGGUCAUUUUUCUGGUGUUUGAUUUGUGUGAAAAGUGCAUGCAUGUUACAAAACAGAAACUAUCCUGAAUUCGCCAACCUCGAAUUCCAGGCAAGCCGGAGCACAGCACUAGUUUUGACCCGGUCUUUUUUUUGUCUGAAGCAAACAUUUAAAGGAAGGGUUGACUCUUGCAGACGGGCCGCAAUGUGAUUCUACUACUUGCCCAUGCACAAAUUUGCGUUAUCGUAGCGACCUUUGACCUAUUUGGUGAGAGCAAAAGCAAAUUGGAACGUUUGGAAACAAACAAGGAACUGUGCAUCUUCAUUAUGCAUACCCAUGACCCACACUACUUUCAAUGACCUCGCCACUUGCAACAUGUCUGACAUGACUUUGGUUAUGUCACCUUCUUGAAACUGUACAUAAAAACCUUGCACGAUUUCCUCCAAACCAUUCUCCAAUGCAAGAAAUGGCUCUUUGCAACUUUGAAAGUACCAACACAGGGCUGAUCGCUGGGGGAAUUAUGUCCUGUUGUGCAUAAUUAUGCCCCAAAUUAUGCCGUGUACCUGCUGGUUGAAACAGCCAUGAAACACGACUGCAUUGUGUCAUGUAGUUCUAUAACAUGAUUUAGAAUAUGGCACCAGGAGUAAGGUUUAUCUCAGGAGGCGAAAAAAGGGGGCCUAAAAACAAACGUGUGCCUGCGAUAUCAGCACUCGGUGACUCACAUGUUGCAGGUACUCGUGUCUCCAUGAUUGCAGAACUUGGAUUGGAGGAUGCAAAGGGCCUCGACAGCUGGCAAUGUGCAAGCGGACAGUGACGAGGCACACACAGUGAGAAAAUGAAAUUGGCUACCAGCACAAGACGCAGUGUAAACAACUGCAGCUAGCGUUCACAUGCUAGAAGAACAGUACUUGGCACAAAGCUCGACUACAGUGUCCUCACAGUCCCUCGGAAUAGGUCAUGCCAGGCUCGAGAGGAGGAGUUGUGAAACUAAAAAAAUAUUUGAAACCGUUGGUCAGAGCCAUCAGGUGCAGCAUCAGUGCCGUCACAAAAUGGCGACAGAGCAUGAUUUUGUGAAAGUUGCUUUUCGGUUCAAUUUGUGCUCGACUAAGAUCUUCAGUGGUGUCUUCAACCAAAUAACUUUCAGAGAUAUGAUCACUUUCGCGAAACUUUACGUGACUCGGCACCAGAUGCGUUGGUGUUUCUGCUGCUGUGCCCAGCUCGCUAACUGUGCACAGUGCAAGGAAUGCUGUCGGAUGCAUCUUAGGCAAGUUUGAUAGAGAGCCUCGCAAAAGUUGUUGUUGCAUCUCUUAAGUGAUUGUCGAGAAUGGCACCCUUGUGUGCUUAUCUGUGGCUGGUGAAGUGCAAAUGACGACAACAAUGUGCAGCUUUCAUUCUGAAAGCUCAUUGAUAAAGAGAUAAGAAUUCCAUCUGUAAAGGUAAAUUUCUUGUUUCCUCCGAUGGUGAGCAAGAGGCCAUGCUAUAUUUUUUUUUAUGAAUUGGCAAUGUGUUACAUUCAGGUGCACGGGUAAAUAUGGUACAUCCCCAAGGUGCACUGAAUGUUGUUCUUUUGUGGGUGAAUCGUCACGCACAGGGUGGGCUCACUGUAGGCUCUGUUGGAGCAGCUUUUUCAACUGCUGCAUCAGAGUAUCAUCACACACGCCCAAUCUACAAAUGUUCUUGCAUUUAUUUAUAGGAAGCUUUCAUUGAGGUAGAAUGAUACUCUAAAUGCAUCGAUUUCUCUGGGAACUUCAAGGGGAUUGCAAUUAGUGCUUCAUUAUUUGUUAGACUUGUUAUGAGAAGCUUUGACUAAGUCUCAAAUUGUUCACCUAAAGCAAAAAUAUGCAGGAAAUAAAAGGAAUGUCAGAGGCUGUGCAACAUGCACAUAAAAGCUGGAUAAAGUACUUACUUUGCAAAGGCAGAUGAUGUGCAAGCCGUGUGCAGUGAAUAGGGAAAAUUAUCUACAUUUGUUGCCGGGCAUCCCGAGUAUGCUUGUAGCGCACAUGGACAGACACAAGUUCCUUCGUUUCUUCUUCAAGCAUAUUUGGACAGAGCACUGUACAAUUGAUAAUAGAUGAAGGUAAAUUUGCAAUAAGCUAAAAAUUGUAUUAGAGUAGAAGAGAAAUCAACAAAAAGACAACAGUGACACUUCUCCAUGGAAUUGAGCUGCACCAAGAAAAAGUGAGGGUUGUUGGAGCCAUGGUACAUACAAAACACUAGAAACAGCUUAAACCAUUCCAAAGGAAACCUGCUGUCAGUUCAUAUUCAUGGUUUAAGCACUACCAAAAAAAGUAAUGAACCAUCUCGGACCCUGCCCAGCCUACCACCUUUACGUAGCCAUGAAAAAUCCAACACCCCCUACCCUCCCUCUCCCCCCUAGCCAUACACUCAGAAGACAUGGACCAUUCGAAGAAGCCAAAAUUCUUACAACCGAAACCAACCAACAAAAACGGCAGUUUAAACCGUUCAAAAGAAAACCUGCUGUCAGGUUAUAUUCACGAUAAACACAGAACCAUCUCGGACCAUGCCUGACCUACCACCCUCAAGUAGCUAAGAAGAAUUCUAACAUCUCCUCCCUUACCAGACCUUGAAAGCUUAAAGGUCUUGACAUGUCUGUUGUCAUCCCCUCUAAAGAAGGAGCAGAGUUGGUUCCGAAGUGUCGGGAAAAUAAACCUCAUUUUUUGUUUGGAGCCACUUGAAAGUCAUAGCAUCCGACUAAACAUUUUUUUCUGACAAUAAGCAAUUUUGAGUCAACUGCUGCAACGAUAUCCUACGAGAUGUUCCAUCCACCAUAUUUCUGUUGUGCUCCACUAUAUACCAGUGUACAAGCCAGCACAAACUUUUGUGUAACUUUGCCUUUGUUCCCUCAAUAGUUUUGACUUGUAUGGCAAUUAAAAUUUUGAAAUAUUGGUUGCAUUUCUUCUAGAAUGCACAUUAUUGUACCACUCGCUAGAAAAAGAAAAUAAUUUUUUUAGGAAGACAUUCUGUUUUUUUAGUUUCUUGGUGGUCAAAAGCAAAAGAAAAAGAAUUUUUGUGAACUGAAAUCAAAAGGCAAUCUGUCAUACUUUCUUUUUUUUUUUCAGAAUAAUAGGCAUCGAAGAUGAUUGUGCAGUUUUUUAUGCCAUGGGAUAUUUCUCUGUCAAGCUCUAAAUCAAAGUGGUAUUUAUAGAGCCAAAAGAUGUAUGGGCAGUACAUAUUGAGUACGACUUUGUAUCACAAAGAAACACCAAUGUUUUCUUUUCAAAGAAAACAAGAAUCAGUGGGAACUAUCGAGGUCGAGUAAUUUGUCUGCAGUCAUACUUCAUUUUCACAUAAUCUUUCUUCCUCCCAUUGUCCCUGCCUUGGUGCUUUAUUAUAGUGAUGACAUCGGUCAAAUCGCACAGCAUUAUGUGGUGCUCUGCUAUUUGGGCUUUGACUUUUCGAGCUUCCCUCUCUACAUAUGCUUUUGUUUAGUGCACUCGAGACGCACAAGUUGGUGUACUACUGCAAAUAUGCACUGGCCUUUUUGUUUCAAACGUCAUGUCGCCUUGUAUUUUCAUUUCCUCUCACAUGGGGAGUUUGUAUCAAGAAUAAAUGUCUGAGUGCAACUUCAUUUUUUGAAUGCAUCAGUCACAGUGGCAGGCGUAUAGCCUGUGAUGAGAGAGGGUCACCUCGUCAAUGGCAGUGCAACGUGUUUUUCCAGAGUUAGUGUGCCCCUCUGAAUCUUAAAAAAGCCUUUGGCACAAUUGUUUGCUGUAGCAGCACACAGGACACAACACAGAGGUAACAAGUGCUGUCUGUAUUGGAAAAUGUCAUGCAGGCAAAGAUUUAGGUCUGUUAGGUUGCAUCAGGCCUUUGUGCUUCCUGUGUGCUGCUACCAACUUCCAAUGCUUGUCAUUCUAUGUUUCCAUGUCGUCUGGCCAGUUCGAGACAGGAGGCAAAAUGUAAUAAAUUGUUAAAGGCAGA